ACAAAAACCCAAUUUGUUUAUUUUUGUUGCAAAAACGAAACGCUAACAAAUCUUUGGUGCUUUCACCUCCUGUCACUGUUUCUUUGUCUCCACUUCUUCGCAGACCAGAAUAUGAAAGCACCCUAUCAACUACUCAAGCUGAACCUCUCAUCCCUUCAACAUCUGAGUUUGGUUUCUUUCUCUCAUAGCUUUUGAUUUUUUUGCUUUGAAUUUAAAUGAAAUGGUGGAGCAGAAAAGACCCCCAAAUAACAGGGGGUACUAUGUGAGAAUGAAGCUCCUGAAUAAACAUGGAAGGCUUCAACAAGAAAAGAGUUGCUUCUAUAGAUAUUACAAAUGGGUUCUUUGGCUUUCUCUAUCCCUCUAUUUCUUCACCUCUUACCUCAUCAGCAACAAUCACGACCAUGCCAAAACAACAACCCAUGUCUCAAGAACACUUUCCGAAUCAAAAACAAACACAGCUCAACCACAAGCUCGAAACAUUCUCGGGUCGCUGAUGAACCUGAAGGUGUUUGUCUACGAUCUUCCUCCGAAAUACAACACCGAUUGGCUCGCGAACGAGAGGUGUAGUAGUCAUUUGUUUGCUUCGGAGGUUGCAAUUCAUAGGGCACUGUUGACCAGCGACGUGCGUACGUUUGACCCUUACGAUGCUGACUUCUUCUUCGUCCCUGUUUAUGUCUCUUGCAACUUCAGCACCGUCAAUGGCUUCCCGGCGAUUGGUCACGCGCGGUCACUAAUCGCCUCCGCAGUGAAACUCAUCUCCUCGGAGUACCCAUUCUGGAACCGGAGCCGAGGUUCCGACCACGUAUUCGUCGCUUCACACGACUUCGGCUCUUGUUUUCAUACCCUCGAGGACGUGGCGAUGGCUGAUGGGGUGCCGGAAAUCAUGAAGAACUCGAUCGUGUUGCAGACUUUUGGCGUUGAGUACGAUCAUCCGUGCCAGGAGGUUGAGCAUGUGGUGAUACCGCCGUACGUUUCGCCGGAAAGCGUACGGAACACGAUGGAGAAAUCUCCGGCGAACGGACGGCGAGAUAUUUGGGUGUUCUUCCGGGGAAAAAUGGAGGUCCAUCCUAAGAAUGUUAGUGGAAGAUUUUACAGCAAGAAAGUGCGUACGGUUAUAUGGCGGAAGUUCAACGGUGACCAAAGGUUUUACCUACGGAGACAUAGGUUUGCCGGGUACCAAUCCGAGAUUGCUCGGUCCGUGUUCUGUCUUUGUCCUUUGGGGUGGGCCCCGUGGAGUCCGAGGCUCGUUGAAUCUGUUGCUUUGGGUUGCGUGCCGGUUGUUAUAGCUGAUGGUAUCCGGUUGCCGUUUUCCUCCGCCGUGAGAUGGGCGGAGAUAUCGGUGACGGUGGCGGAGAGGGACGUGGGGAGGCUGGCGGAGAUAUUGGAGCACGUGGCGGCGACCAAUCUAAGCGCCAUCCAGAGGAACCUGUGGGACCCAAGGACGAGGAGGGCACUGCUUUUCAACAGCCAGGUGCAGGAAGGUGAUGCCACGUGGCAGGUCCUACGUGCUUUGAGUGAAAAGCUUGACAGGUCAUUUAGGAGCUCCAGGGUUUCACGCCAAUUGGAUUUCGACACGUAACGGGUUUGAAUUGGGCUUCAAGUUGGUUUAUAUGAAUAGACACAUUCAUACACUCUGGUUUGUUUGCAUGGGACAGACAAUAAAAUAAUGAUAAUAAUUAAUGGAAGACAGCUGGAAUUUCUUGGAAGAGAGAAUUUAAUGGUUCAUGCUGGGACCCAAUGGAGCAGAAGAUUAGGUUUAAGAUUUUCUUCGGGUAUAUUAAUGGUGACCUGGAGAUGUUCUAGGUGACGUGGCUAGCAUUGAUUCGGUAGCCGUGCGGUACGGUAAAGGAAAAUGAAUUCCCUUUUGCUGAAGUGGAACGUGAACACUCAAAGAAAUUAUAUUUCGCUUAAUUUUGUAAAAUCAUUUGUUGCUGUAAAUAAACAUAAAUCAUAAAAGGU